AUGCUCUCUCUCUUGGACCUCGACCAUGCUUUGCUGCUGCCGCCACCGAGCUUCGACGAGGCCGUGGAGACAGAGGGGAGGCCCACAUUGUACAUGGACCCUGUGCUGGAGCGGAACAGGCCGCUCUACCUUGAUUUCAUCCAGUCUGGCAUCUCGCGGGGCGUCUUCGUCUUAGGGAAAGAGAGGACCGAGGACGUCUCCGCCUUCUUCGUGGCCAAGAAGGACGAGCGGAUCAGGAUGGUGCUGGACUGCAGGCGUAGCAACCAGCGUUUCCAGCCCCCUCCAUCGGUCAGCCUGUUCUCCGCCGCGGGGUUCGCGGACCUCGAGGUGCCGAAGGACGCGCCCCUCUACUGCGCGGGGGUGGACGUCCAGAACGCGUUCUACCAGCACAAGCUGCCAGCCUACCUGCGGUCGUACUUCUGCUUGCCGAAGGUCACCGCGGGCGAGCUCGGCAUCAGCAGGCUUGACGGGCGGCGUGUCCCGCCCUGGGCCUGCCUUUACCCACAACUUGCCGUUGUUCCCACGGGGUGGAGCUGGGCACUCUUUUUCGUUCAGAAGGCUCACGAGCGGACGCUGGACCUGCACGACGCCCUGAAGCCCGAGCUGCGGGCGGUCGACUUCGUGCCCGUUCCCAGCCCGCUCAAGGAGCCCAUCCACUCGCUGCACGUCGACAACGUGCUCGCGGUCGGCACCGACCGCGAGGCCGUGACCAGGGUCAGGCGUGAGGCCUCCAAGGCACUGGAGGGCUCCGGCCUGGCCGUCCAUGACGAGACCGAUGCCGCCGAGAACAUGGCCAUGCUUGGCGGGCAGCUGCAUGGAUCGCCUGCUCGCGCCACCUUGGCGCCACGGAGGUUCUGGAAGCUGUGCAUGGGGCUCGGCUACUUGGUUCAACGGCGCCCCCGCGUCACCAGCCGUGACAUCGAGCACGUCAUCGGGCACUGCACGUUCGCCGCGCUGUGUCGGCGCGAGAGCCUGAGCUGUUUCAGCGCCGUCUACUCGUUCGUCCAGCAGAAUUACCAGCGCGCCAGGCCUCUCUGGGCGUCGGCACGGCGCGAGUUCAGGAUAUUCCGCGGGUUGCUGGUCACGCUCGUCUCGGACCUCGACGCCGAGUGGUCCACCAAGGUCGUCAUGACUGACGCCUGCGAGACGGGCCACGCCUCGGUCGAGGGUGAGUGGGACCUCUCCGAGGUGCAGAGUGCUGGUCGCUGGCACGAGCGGUGGCGGUUCCGCCACGCGCGUGAGGCGGACGGGGGUUGGCGGCCGCGCGACCGCGCGGCACGUGCGGCCGAGGCCGCCGAGCUGGAUGCACACCCGUCUGUUCUGCUGUGCCAGGGUCUCGCCAACAAACGAUCCCCUGAAGUGUCGACGCGCACCAUCCGCCGCACCAGCUGGUCGACCAUGCACUACUCGCCUCUCUUCGGCAAGGAGCCCAUGCAUCGCAAGGAGGCAAGAGGUGACUUACACGCCGUGAAGCUGAUCCUGUCGGACGCGGACUCCUGGGGGAAGAGGGUGCUGCAGGACGCGCUGCAUCUGGGGCCAGCUGGCGCGCUGCCGCGGCGCGCGGGCGCCAGCUUCGGCACCGCCGCAGCUCGGCGCGGGGCCCCGAGGGCGACGGUCGGCCCGACAGCGGCUGGCCCGCGGCCCCAGCGGCCCCGCCUGGACUCGAGCGCUGCCCUGCCACUGGCAGCCGCGCGCCCGCUGCGGUCCCGCGGCCUGUCGGCGCCGGCGUCGGCCAGGCGGCUGAAGCGCAGCGCGCCUGGGAGUGGCCCGUCAGCGCAGGCCCCUCCGCAGCCCUCGGCGGCUCGGACGCCGCUACGCCGCAGCUGGGGCCCCCUGGGCUCGCCUGCCUGGCGCCGCCGCGAGGCUCUGCUUCGACGUCCGUCGGUGGUGCUAGCGGCCCCGCGCAGCAUCCCCCUGCGGGAGCUGCCGCGGUCUGUGCAGCGCCGCCUGGACGCUGGGGAGCAGGCGCGGGGCACCACCCGCCAGCUCUCCAUCACCGAGGCUGCCGCGGUGGGACGGCGGAGCCGACUGCAGUGCACGCGGGACGUGAAGGUGGCGGUUAGUUUUUGGCGCAGCCGCCUGACGUCUCUGGCGGCGCCUGCUGCCGACACGGACGCCGCGGUGGUGAGGUUCUUCGACGAGCUGUACCUCGAGGGGAAGGUCGCGUCGACGGGCGAGAAGCUCCUCGCCGCGAUCUUCAUGCACGUGCCCGACUACCAGAGCAAGGGGAAGCUGGCCCUGCCGCGCGCCUACCGCGCGCUGCGAGGCUGGCGCCUGCUGCGGCCCUCGCGGACGCGACGCCCGCUGCCCUGGGCGGCCUGCAUGGGCGUGGCACGCCAGAUCUGGAAGAUCAGCGGCCGCCCCGCCCUCGCGGUGUUCUGGCUCCUGAUGGUGGACACGUACCUGAGGCCUGGCGAGGCUUUCCGCCUGACCUGCGGCCAGGUGAUGCCUCCGCAGGCGCACAUGCCCAAGGUAACGAUCCACAUCAACCCCGACUACAUGAAGAGGCCGAGCAAGACUGGCGAGAUGGACGAGACAGUGGACGUUGCACGUCCGUGGCUGGGCAACCUGCUGGUUCGACUGGCCCAGGGCCCGCCCAGUGGCCCCCUGUGGACCUUCACUAUGACGGAGGCCAAGGACGUGUUCGAGCGCGCGACCCGCGCGCUGCACUUGGACAAGCUGCUGCCCGUGCUCUACACAGCCCGACACAGCGGUGCGUCCAUCGACCGUUUCACGGGGAGGAUCUCGUUGCAGGAAGUCCAGCGGCGCGGCCGCUGGCGCCAGCCGAGCUCGGUCAGGCGCUACGAGAAGCGCGGGCUCAUCCAGGCAGUGUGGAGCGAGAUGGAACCCUCAGCCAAGGCAUGCUGCCUCCAGGCCGAGGCCGAGCUGCCCUCGCUGCUCGCCGCCGCCUCGAUAUCCGCCAACGCCUGA